AUGGCUGUUUUAGUCCAACGUUUUCCUUUAAGGAUGCACAAUAACCACGCUAUCUCCAGCUACAUGCGUGCCCCACCAGCGCAUCCGGUGUCGGUGUGCUGUCCGUUGCAACAUUGGAAGGUGCACGUGAAGCACUGUGAUGAACUAAUAGGUGUGGAGGUGUUUCUUUUUCUCAUUGCCACCUUGGCUGUUGCCAAAAUUGUGAUUGUUCAGUUGAAGCAAAGACACUGUCAAUCGUACUACAUUAAUAGCUUAUGGUUUCUCCUAACCUAUAAACUGAGUUAUGCAACUGUAAUUGUGUGUUAUCUAGGCACAAUGUUUACCAUGUUUAGAUUUAAUGUAUUUAUUCUGGUGAUGCCAUUAAUUUGCCUUGGUGUAAUGCUGCUUUUUUACAGACUGUGCUAUGGAGUGACUGGAAGAGACUUUGCAGAAAUUUGUUCUGACAACAUGGAUUCCACCAUUGGUCUUUACAUCAGUGGCAUACCAACAAGAAAUCUGUCAAAUGACAUCUGUGUAGUCUGUGAAAAAAAUGUUGUGGAUAUAAAUGGAGAAGGGAUCAUUGGAAAUACCUACCAGCUGUCCUGUAAUCAUGUGUUUCAUGAAUUCUGCAUCUGUGGCUGGUGCAUUGCUGGCAAGAACCAGACCCCAUACUUACCUGAGAAAGUUGCUUUGAAGAGGAUGUUAAGCCCAUAUCCUUAAGCCCAUAUAUUGUAUGGGAAACUUUUGGACUGGCUCUGCAAACUUUGGCAAUCAGUUGCUAUAGGCAUCAUGCAAGGCAUUAAUUACUCAUUGGGUCUAGAAUAUAACUCAGAUUAUUAA